AUGGAAGCAGAACAGGUGGUAAGAAAUCCCGAGGAAGAGAUAAGCUCACAACAAUCAGUUGAGAAGGAGAAAGAAAGGAAUGAUGGAAAACCAAAGAAGCCACUCUUCAGGUUUCCCCCAGAUUAUGAAUCCAUUAGAGGCACCAUUCCCAUGGAUACUCAAGAUCAGGAACCAGGAGAUACUAAUGGACCAAGGCACGAUCAGAUCGUUGAUCUAGGAUCCCAACCACCUGUGGGGUUGGUACGACCCAGAAACAAGGAGGGCUUAGGAAGAGAUACUGGAACUAAACAAGGACUGGAUGGACAAAGCAAGGAGAUGGAUCUCGAGGGGACAACAGUAGACAGGGGAAUGGAAUCUUGGACCUCUCAACUAGGAAGUGGAUCAAGUGAUAAAGAAAGAGGUAGAAAAGUUGGGAAGAUUAACAGAGGCAGUCCAGCUAGGAGACUCUCUAAUAGAAAGCAAGAUACUAGGGCACGUAGACAAAGUACUCUUGGUUUACAGUCCAAAGGGACUUCAAAAAAUGUGCGUACUCGUCAAGGGUUCUCUGAUGUGGGGGUCUGGAGAGGGUGUACAAAUUGGAAAUAG